CUGGUCCAUCACUCCUCUCAUGUAUCCGGCCUCCUUCCUCUUUAAGAUCCCCAGCACCGCCUACGUCGUCCUCACCAGCGUCAACAUCCUCAUCGGCAUCAACGGCAGCAUCUCCACCUUCGUCAUGGAGCUGUUCGGAAACAACGAGAUCGGAGGAAUCAACGACAUCCUGAAGAACGUCCUCCUGAUCUUCCCUCACUUCUGUCUCGGUCGAGGACUCAUCGACAUGGUGAAGAACCAGGCGAUGGCCGACGCCCUCGAGAGAUUUGGUGAAAACCAGUUACGUUCCCCUCUGGAGUGGGACAUGGUGGGAAAGAACCUGUUUGCGAUGGCUGUGGAGGGAUUGGUGUUCUUCAUCAUCACCGUCCUCAUCCAGUACCGCUUCUGCAUCAAACCCAGGUCGGUCAGUAAACUCACCAAACUGGGAGCACUGGGAGACGAGGACGAGGACGUGGCCCGAGAGAGACAGAGGAUCGUCCACGGCCUCGGACACGGAGACAUCCUGGAGCUCCGGCAGCUCACCAAGGUGUUUAAACGGAAACAGAAACCGGCAGUGGAUCAACUGUGUGUCGGGAUUCCACCUGGAGAGUGCUUCGGGCUGCUCGGGGUGAACGGAGCUGGAAAGACGACGACCUUUAAGAUGCUGACGGGGGACACGCCGGUGACCAGCGGAGAGGCCUUCCUGGCGGGGAAGAGCAUCCUGAGGGAGAUCGACGCGGUCCAUCAGAACAUGGGAUACUGUCCUCAGUUUGACUCCAUCAACGAGCUGCUGACAGGAAGAGAACAUCUGGAACUCUACGCCGUCCUGAGAGGAGUACCAGAGGAACAAGUCUGUGACGUGGCAGAGUGGGGCAUCAGGAAGUUGGGUCUGAUGAAGUACGCUGAGAAAAGAGCUGGAAGUUACAGCGGAGGAAACAUGAGGAAGCUCUCCACCGCCAUGUCUCUGAUCGGAGCGCCGCCCGUCUUCUUCCUGGAACCUUUAGGAGCGAUGCUCUUCCUCCUCCUCUUCCUCACCUUCGUCCUCUGCUUCCUGCUCCACCUGUGGGCCGACCUUAACUUGGCUGUCGUCAUGGGUAACAGGACGAGCCCACCACCGGCAUGGACCCCAAAGCCCGGCGGGCCCCUCUGGAACUGUAUCCACAGCAUCAUCAAGGAGGGACGCUCCGUCGUCCUCACCUCCCACAGACCACCUAGUCCUCUGUGUCCUCCUAGUCCUCCUAGUCCACCUAGUCCUCUGUGUCCUAUGUCCUAG